AUGGUAAGAGAACGUGAUGAUUGCUCUCAUAGUCAAGACCUUGCUUUAUGGGUCGAUCACCCUGCUGCACUUACUGAUAAGAGUACCUCUGAUGAUAAAGAGAUGGAAAAAUGGGAAAGAACGAAACGCAUAAGCUUAAUGGUCAUGAAGUGUGCUAUUCCAGAAGCAUUCCGGGGCAUUAUGUCCGAUAAGGAGGAGGAAAGAUUGAAGCAUGAGAAGACAGAGAAUGCUCAUUUAGCCACUGUGUCCAGGGAUAAAAUGAACAAGAAACGGAAAAUUGAUAAGGAAGAUGCGGGUACAACAUUGCAAAAGAAACAACAUAAGGAAUCAACUGAAGGUUGGCUCACUAUGAAUGGCGUUGCUGAGAGACGAAAUAGAUCACUUAAAGACAUAGUGAGGAGUAUGAUUAGUCAUUUUACCUUACUAGAAUCUCUCUGGGGUGAAGCAUUAAAGGCUACAACAUAUAUACUCAACAGAGUUCCAACUAAGGCCACUGAUAAAACUCCUUAUGAGCUUUGGAUGGGUAAGAAGCCUAGUUUGAAACAUAUACACAUUUGGGGAUGUUCAGUUGAGGCAAGGCUCUAUAAGCCAAAUGAAAAGAAACUGGACGCAAAAACCAUCAUUUGCUACUUUAUUGGAUAUUCCGAAAGGUCCAGGGGUUACAAGUUUUAUGAUCCCACAACUAAGGAAAUUUACAAGACAGGAAAUGCUAGGUCCAUUGAGGAUGUUAAGUUUGUGAGGAGAGAAAGGGUUACACGCUUUGUCUUUAAGGAGGAAUAUCCUCAAGAACCAAUGCCAUCAAGAAGAUCCACUAGAGGGAGGAGAAGUGCCGUUUCAGAUGAUUACAUCGUAUUUCUCCAAGAACAUGAAGUUAACAUUGGAAUGAUGGAAGAUGAUCCGAUCAACUUCCGUCAAGCUAUGGAAAGUUUAACUCUCGAAAGUGGCUCGAUGCUAUGA